AUGGGCGCAUCCACACCACAUCCGUCCCAGCGACGCGUUUCCUGUGACCUUUGCAGGAAGAGCAAAUCUCGGUGUCAACGAAUCAGGCCUACCGAUGAGAAAUGUGCGAAAUGUGCUAUGCUGGGGGCUGAGUGUACUGUAGGGCAACAGAGAGUACCAGGGCGACCGCGACGAAAGCAACCCGCUAAACGUUCGACCCCAACCACCCAAUCUGUCAAUAAAUCGACCUGGCCAGUAUCUCCUCCGACUCCAGCGCAGCCAAACACUUCUUUCUUAGAUGAUUGGAGUCUGUUGGAUACGACUGGAAUUCUAUAUCCUACCAUUUACCCUGCUGAAAAACCCAGUACAACGAGAAAAGAUGUGAAUACGACAACAUGUUGUGUAGGGUUUAUCGACGUCUUUCAUCAAUCGGAUAGCUCAUGGACUACCGAUGUGGAAUAUACAAAUACUCCAUUUUACAAUGAAAUGGAUAUAGUCACGGAGUUAUACACAACUGGCUCAUCCCCAAUUCCGACAUUACCAUUAGCAAUCAACAACGACGUCUCGCUUCUGAGCAAUUGCUCAACUACACAAUACCGACGCAACACCGAACCUGGGGACAGCAUGGCCAGCCUAUCCGCGAUCAACCAUGGACUAUACGUUCGUAUCGAAGCGAUAAAGAAGAACAGAAAAGCGAUUAAUUUUGACACGAUGAUCUGUCAACACGGUCCAUUGUUCAUCGACAACAUGACCCUGUUCGAUUAUAUCAACAAAGUUACUCAAGAGUUUUUGUUUGUCUUGGUUGAUCUUUACGGUGAACAUCACUGCCCUGAAUUCAGAAACAAUUCACAACCGAUGGAGUUACUCUGUCCAUGCCAUCUGGCGACGCAAUUUCUAAAAGACCCAGAAUCUUUAUUUCAGAUUUCUUUGCCUCAGCCUACCACCACUGCAGGACCACUACCUACACCUGUUGCGUUGACUAUUACAAGUGUUUUUGUCCAACUCAUCACCAUCUACGAACUUGUCCUCAACCACAUUGCCACAAAAGUUGAACGACUCACCAACAAUCCCAUGGAAUCGAUUCCAGCUCUUAUAGUUUGCGGGAGGUUACAACAAAUACCUUGUACUCAAGGUGUGAUCUUUUGUGACGUUUCAGUAAGUUUGAUUGAGAGUAUUGAGCGUGUCUUGGGUGUUGGGAAAAUGCUGAAGGGCAAGGAGGUCGGUUUGUUAUCACCGAGGCAGGUUGACAUUCUUCGGGAAGAAAUGGAUGAGAGACAAAGCUUUGGUCCUGGUCAUACUGUGAUGGCGCCUGCUACGUUGCGGAAACUUAUUGGAAAGGUUGCAGGUAUACUGAGACGAAUAAGGUGGUAG